CACCAUUUCACAAUUUCCUGUGAACACUUCCAUUUAUUUCUCGCUACUCGCUACUUUUUGACAUUUCCAAAAAAUAUUCCGAACAGAGGAAAAAACGAACCCCUAUCGAAAUGGCUUGGUUUUCCAGAAUACAAAUCGUUCUUUUAUUCGCCAUUGUAACUUUAACCCGAUCCAAUGCCUACGACAAAGAAAUGACCAUCAAUGUAGAAGCCGGAAGGCAAGAUUGCUUUUUUCAUCAUGUUAAAACCGGCGAAGUAAUCGACAUUGAUUAUCAAGUCAUCGACGGAGGUCAUGGUGACUUGGACAUCAGUUUCUCCUUAUCAGAACCCAUUGGAUUGAUAAUUGUUUCUGAUUAUAAAAAAUCUGAAAAUAUUCAUCGUUACGAAGCGAAAAAAGACGGAGAUUAUCGUUUUUGUUUUGACAAUAGUUUCAGUUCAUUUAACCGCAAAACUGUCUUUUUUGAAUUGGUUGUGGAAAAAGAAGGCGACAACAAUGGAGACAAUGGCCAAUGGCAUGAUAUACUCGAAGGACUUUCACCAGAGGAAUUCUACGAAAUGAAAGUACAAGAUAUUAUGGACUACAUUGGACGCAUUCGAAUGCACAUUGUUAAGGCUCGUCAACUCCAAGAUGUAUUGCGAUCCAAUGAGGCCAGAGAUCGUAAUAUUGCCGAGCAAAACUACUUCAAGGUGAAUUUUUGGUCAUUCUUCCAGAUUUGUGCCAUGUUAUUGGUUGGAGGUUUGCAAGUUAUCAUGGUAAGAAGUAUCUUCGAAACAGACUCGAAAUUAAAAAAAUUCUGGCACAAAAUGGGUCUAUAAAAAAAGAAAGUAAAUCUUUCUAAACAUAAACAAUGCGCUCGAUAUAGUUUUUGUUUUAUUGUUUUCAACCAAAGAACCAUCUUCACUGAUCAUCACAAUCUCUUGUUGCCAUUAAUAUUUUUUUUUCUAAGAUUAAACACAACGAGUCUUAUAGUAAAUAUUUUUAUUCAUUAUUUCGUAAAAAUAAAAUAAAAUCCAUAAAAAAAAAAAUAAAACGAAACGCGAAAAUUGA